GGCAAGAGGAGGAGGAGGAAAAUCUCACGAGAUAAUGAAAGAAAAAGAGAAGUGCUGGUAACAGAGCGAAAACACGGAGCGUGGACCCGGAGAUUGUCUUAGGAGUAAAAAAGAAAAACAACAAACAAACAAAAAAAGAAAAGAAGCGGAGAGCCAGAAAUUCAUCUGAAAUCGCAGAUGUUGUUUCCUUUAUUUUCUCUCUUUUCAUUGCCGUGCGUGGUUUUUGGUGGAUGUAGCACCCAGGGGCGCAGCGGACCAAUUGUGUGAAUCUGUAGGUCUGCUCGGCGACACAGUCGGAGAGAUGCACAGGGCGGACAGCAGCCGUGGAUGCGCUCCGAGAAGCGGAUAAAUAAAGGCACAAAAGCGAUCGAGGCUCCAGCCGGAGUCCCCAGCUGAGCACCAAAGACACAAACAGAUGCACAAGUGAGAAUAAAAUAACCCGAGGCUCUCCAUCCUGUUCCAAGCUCAUUUUCUGGGACUUUGAGGGAGUUUGAAGACACUACUUAAUGUUAUCAGAUAAUUAAUUAGAGACCCCGUAAGCCCGGAAAUCAAUUAAUUCACAAAUCAAUAAAUCCAUAGUCUGGUGUAACAAGAGACCUUCCAGACUGUUGGCCUGGCUGUUGAACAACAAUAACAAAGCUAGAGCAACAGCACGCAGAGGCUAGAAACACACAUUUAUUUGCUGAAACUGAAGAUGGAUGGGGGUCUAGGGGAGAUGUCCCUGCACAGCCACUCUGAUCUGGCUCACAGCCAGGAUGGCAGGGCCAUGCUGCACACACGGGACCUCUCUGCUGCCUUCCCCAGGCCUUCCCUUGGGAGCUCCUCCAUGUCCCUGGAACCCGAGCCCCGUCCAUCAGGAUACGACCACUCCAUGUCCGCCCUGGGCUACAGCGGCGACUCCCCAUCCAGCUCAGGCAGCACCUACACUACCCUAACCCCCCUGCAGCCCUUUGAUGACAAGUUCCAUCACCACCAUCACCACCAUCACCCUUGCCUCCCUGUCAGCAACGUUAUCGGCAGCUUCACCCUGAUGCGCGAGGAUCGAGGUCUCAGCACCAACUUCUACAACCCGUACGGAAAGGAGCUGGCUAUGACCCAAAGCCUGACGCCCCCCACCACGGGGUCAGGUCUGGGCUCUUCCAUGCAUGGCUAUGGCAGUUUGGGCAACAGUCCCAAUGGCAACGGUGGACAGAUGCUUCACAGUGGCUAUGAUGUCCAUGGAGGGAGUCUCUUCUGUCGGGCGUCAGAUUUUGGCAGAGAGAUGUCACCACCAGGCCUGGGCGGUGGCGAAGUCUCAGUUGGGCAUCAGCUGAACAAGAUAGAGGCUCACCAGCACACCCCUAACCACCACCCUCACAUCUACAGCCAGCAUUACCAACCUCACCAUCACCCAAGCCAGCAAUCAGCCAAGAUGGGCGAACACCUACAUUCCUCAUCGCCCGCCUCAUCCUCACCUGGCGAGGGGAUGCUGCCAGGCUCGCAGGGUGGUGGAGGUGGAGAGGAGAUCAACACCCGGGAUGUGGCCCAAAGGAUCAUCACCGAGCUGAAGCGCUACAGCAUCCCCCAAGCCAUCUUUGCUGAGAGGGUCCUGUGUAGGUCACAGGGCACACUGUCUGACCUCCUGAGGAACCCCAAGCCCUGGGGCAAACUCAAGUCUGGCCGCGAGACCUUCAAGAGGAUGUCUCGCUGGCUGCAGGAGCCCGAGUUUCAAAGAAUGGCCUCACUCCGGCUGGAGGCCUGCAAGCGCAAGGAGCAGGAGCAGAGCAAGCUGGAGCGUAACCAGGGCCCGAAGCGCACCCGGCUGGUGUUCACCGACCUGCAGCGGCGCACGCUCAUGGCCAUCUUCAGGGAGAAUCACCGCCCGACCAAAGAACUGCAGGUCACCAUCUCCCAGCAGCUGGGCCUGGAGCUCUCCACCGUCAGCAACUUCUUCAUGAACGCCCGCAGACGCAACCUCAACAAGUGGGCCGACGAGGGCCGCCCUUCUUCCACCGGUUCCUCGGGCUCCAGCGUUUCUUCCUCCGCGGUGUCCUGCAGCACCGCGUGAUGAUGGGCUGUCCCGCAGGUGUGUUGGGGAAGUCUCAGAGGGAGCAAGGGGGGCACAUAGACUGAUCUGGGUGGAGAUCAGGCGUUACAAAUGUCCUCCUCUUUAUCAGAAGGAGUGACGGAGCUGUUGCAGAUAAUUUUAUGAAGCAUUUUCCCAAACCAAAGUCAAUUGCCUCUUUGAAAUAGAAGGAGGCAAUGCCUAGAAUGAUAAAAUUGCAGGAUGUGAGAUCCUGCUUGUAUAGUCAAGGGUGCGAAGAAGAUUAACACCCUCACAUAGACACCAUCUCAUUGCAUUAUUUUGAUUAUGUAGAUUAGAGAUAAUGAGGGUAUUGCAAAUCAGGAGGAAGCAUACUUUCAUCUACCUUCAAAUCUAUUCCCAUCUCUCCAAACGUGAAGAAUCAAGAGGUGCCGUUUACUCACACCUGGAGAGCUCCAUUGUGUAACUUUUUAAUCAAAAGUGUUCACCGUCAUCCAAAGAUGUUAAUCCUCUCCCCGUGCUUCUAUUUUUCCUCAAGAAUCAAGGUGAAAGAGGAAGAAGAGGCAGUUUUUUUAAUUCCUUUAUUUUUUUGUGAUGAAGUCAAUUCCCUUUUCUUAGCAUGUGUUUCCAUGGUGAUGGUUCCCAGGACUGUUUUGGUGCUGUUUCAAAUUUGGAGCCUGGAAUAAUCAGGACGGGGUUCUGUUAGCAUCUGUAAAUCCCAGCCGUCAAUCAUAAAUCACCAACGAGAGCAUCCGCAGCAUUUUGUUGGGACGGUCUCGCCUUGAAUUAAUCAGAGGUUUCAGGGGGGAUCACCGAUGUUAUGCCAGUACAGAAUCAAUAAACGCUAGUAGGACGCGGAAACAGACUUGUUGAUGCAACCGUUUUAGCUUUAAGACUGUCGCUGAGCUUCCAAAAAAGAGCUCCUCAGCCAUUUUCUGACUCAAAAUCAAGCCACAAAAAAGAGAAAAAAAAAGAAAGAAAUUUGAACACAAAAGGUUUCAUAGAAAAGAGGUACACCUGACACAGUGUAUAGUAAGAUUUUAGUAUUUUUUUCAGCUCAUUUACAAAUAACUGUACUCACCUCUGCUCCAUUCUGAAGUGUUUUUUUAACAGAUGUCUAGAAAAUGGAGGAAUGUGAUUCUUUCUGCCCUUUUUGUACAGAUUUCAAGCACAUCGCCCUAUUUAUAGGAAACAUGUUGGAAGAGUGGGGCGGUUUGUUUCAGCCCUGCUGAAGGUCAUUGUUAAUUUUUGUUUUGGUCUGCAUAGGAAAGGCUCUAACACGCCUUCUUCUAGCCAAUAGUGAAAUCAAACCAAGAACAUUUCAAAUGCAAUUGCUGAUCUGAUUUAUGAUAUUUAUUACUGCGUUCGUGUAUUUAUUGUUUUCCUUUUGUGUUCCUCUCUGUAUUUAUUUGGUAAUUAAUUUAUGCUAUCUAUAUACUGUAAGUAUUUAUUUAACAAUGCUCCGUAUGUCUGUGUGAAACUGAAAACUUUUUUCUGAUGGGCACUUUUAGCUGUAGAAACCCAUCGUAAUACCAAAGAUUAACAUUGCCUCCCUGAAUGUACGACCUGAAUCCCUGAACCCAGUUCCUCAUCCCAACCCAAUCCCGACCCGAUCCACCAUGUGAUGUUCUAGCUCUCUAUCCUAAAAGGCCUGGCCUUUUUUCCCGUUAUUUUGCUUUGUUUUGGUUGUCUUUAUUUAUUUAUUUUUUUGUAGGAAAAUGGGGAAUUCUUUACUCUUGCAAAUGUCUCUGCUGUCCUCUCUUAAUGCCAAGGCCAAAGCUUGUUUGAAUGUUGUGAUUAUAUUUAGAAAUAAUUACGCUAUAGAUGACGGUAACGGUGAUGUGGCAUCCCAUGGGUUCACGAGUUGCUUGUUAUAGUUACAUUCAGACUGAUGCCAUGUGGAGGAGUGGGAUGAAGCGUCUGGGGACCCACUUAAAGCGUUGUCUGAGGCGAAAGUGGGAGUCCACCGUGGUCACAUGCAAACCGGCCGGCUGCUGCUGGGCUCAACAUGCAUGGCUGUGACCGUCGUGUCUCCUUCACCUAAACUCCUCCAUGGCGCAGCGCAGGAACUCCUGUCUGUGUGUAAUGCCGCCGUCCCACACAUAGCAAGACUUUCUGACAGUUAUCUCAGUUCCAACUAAGCAUGGGCUGGUAUGAGAAUAUCACAGUAUAAUAACAUUAUUUGUAACAAAUAUGUAAAACAUGAUUGCAUUGCUGUUAUUUAAAACUGAGAAAUAAUUAUUCCUUAUGCCCGUUAAUUAUUGAAGUCAAUGCAAUACAAUUCAUGACAGCUAGUUCAGUAGUUUUGAUUUUGAUCUAAUGUUGUAGGGACCACAAUUUCAGUAUAGUUACACAUUUACAAGUGCAGUUCAAGCCAGCUGAUGUCAGUUCAUAGCAACAGGUGGGGGAGGGUCAUUUCUGUUACUCUAUUGAUUAAAACCCAGUCAAAUCUGUAUGUUCUCAGGAAAAUCUAUAGGAUUUUGAAUUAUAGAAAUUGUAUGAUUGACAAUUUUCAGUAUUGAAAGCAUAAUCUAAGUAUACUCUGAUAUCACAAACCAGCCGAUUAUUAGUUCCAACAGGUUUUUUUUAAGUUUACUCCUGUUUUUUUAUGGGUUCUUGUUGAUAUUAAGAUAUAUUCCGUAUUUUCCUCAACUCUGUUGUAGCAGUAUUUCAGAAAGUAAGUGCAGAAGGUCUUAAACACCAUCCUUUGCUCCUUAGGGUCUGAGAACGUCCUCCUCCUCUGAACAACUCUGGUGUCCAUCUUUCCUAGUCUCUUGGCAGAGUCUUUGGACUUAUUUUGUUAUCUACAUUUUGUUGCAGGGACUUCUUAAACAACCCUUCCCAAUUGUCUUGUAACUUCAUCAACUUCUGAGGUUGCCUGAUUAACUUGCACAGUACAACUGUUUAGAUUUCCUAGUGUUUUGUUUGUUUGGAGGCUUAAACCAGGACAGUCACUGAAGACCUCACGCUCCGACCCCCUGCAGAAACGCUUCCAACCGUCAGCGAGGCUGACACUGCCUUUUUUUCUUGCCCUGAACCCCCUCUCUCAUUUUCUCUCUCUUUCUCAGUCUUUAACACCUAGAAAGGGGGCGGUUCGGUGAAGCCCCCUUCACAGCGUGCACUUGAAAGACGAGCGGUCAUGAAAGAGGCCAUCGACUUUUUCGUGGACUUCAAAGUGGAGGCUUUUUUUAUCCCGUCUCCUCUCUGGGUUUCUGGACUGAGGUCUGCUGUUGGCCAGACCUGUGGGCUUUAGGGGGGCAUUCAGAAAGGGGUGGAGGGAGUGGGUGAGACAUCAGAGAGGAGGCUGAAUCAUCCAGGAUGAGGAUGGUAGUGUGUGUGUGCGUAGAAAAAAGUAGGAUGGAAGGGGGGUUGUUUGAGGAGCAGGAGGUGCUGGAGGACUGGAGCAUGGAACUGAAUUAAACUUUAAUGAGUGACAAUUGUAAGCAUGCUGAGAGUUAAGGGGGGCUAGAGGUGGGGGUGAGUAGCCAAGGCAGUACCAUGGUGAAAAAAAUUAAAAAUAAAAGAGCUUGAAGGAUCUUCUGCCGACCUUUACUCGCUGCUGUCAUCGUAUCAAAGCAGAGGUGACACCUUUCAGGUUUCUCUUUGUCUCUCUGACUGGGAGCCUAAAAUGGAGACAGAUCUGUUUGUAUUGAGCCACCUUCUGCUCCGUGUCAAGCAGAAAGCCUCUUCCUUCUCAGUCUAUGAGCAGAGAGGCAGCAGGGAGGGCUGAACACACCCCUCCAUGCUGCAGGUGAUUCCUUCGCCUUUUUAACUUGCGGCACCCCCUAGUGUCAUCUUCAGAAACUCUGAGACAGAAACCUGAGCAGCAUGUUGAUGGUAAAAUAGCAGAAAUUAAAUAUAAGGCACCCUUUCAGAAUAAAAAAAUAUAUAUUUUCUUUUAUUUUUGUUUUAACAAAAAGAAAACAACCAAAGAUGAAUGGGUAACUGCUGAAUCAUUUUAAGGGUUCCCCAUUAGAGCUGACCGUAGCACUCAGAGGAUUAAAAAUAGCACCGGAGGGAUUGCUGAGUCUUUAUGCUACAGAAAACAGUCUUAUGUAUAGCUGGAACUGAGAAACUGGCAUGAGGCCACGUCUUCAGAUGGAAGUCUUUUGGACUUUGGAAACCCCAGUGUGUCCGUGUCUGUCCCUGCCUUCCUGCCCUGUGUGUACACAAAGACUUUACCCAUCUACCUCAACUGUGUGAGUUGUUGUGUGGCAAAGAUAUUUCUUAACCAAAGAAUCCAUCCUGUCAGGGUGUCUGUCUGUCUAUCUGUCUAUCUAUCUAUCUAUCUAUCUAUCUUGUCUGUCCAUCCGUCUCUUCUUCAUGCCUUUUUUGCUCCAAACCAAAUGUGCUGGAAUCAAUCCGAGACAGGAGCCUGAAUGAGGCUUCCAUCCAGCCAAAGCUGAACUCCAGUACGCUAGAGUCCCAUUGAUCCAUGUUCUGUAUAUAUAUAUGAAAUCAUUCUCAAGACCAAAAAAGAAGGAGGUGACAAUCUAAGCAAGGAGGUUCUUGCUGUAAUCAACGUUGCCUAUUCCUUGUUUUCCAUAAACUAAAAUUAUCCCCCGAGAAUCAAGCCUUCAUCCUGAAAUAAGAAAAAGGAAAGGUCAAAGGAGACAGAAGCUAUUUUUCCACAUUUGUAAGCCACCCUCUCCCUUCCCCUGUUAUUUGCAAAUGUUUAGUGUAGUUGAAAUACUGUUCGAUCCCACUGUUGUAAGUAGGAAUUAAUGAAAUCCAUACAGAAAGCUUUAACUGAGGACAGGCUGAGGGAAAUGUUGGCGCUACCUCAGCUUGGACUCAUCGACCCACCAUGCUUUCCUGUGCCAUUCUUGUCCAUGUGUUAGACUUAACUAAUGAAUGUGGCUAACCAACCAAAGGCUUUAAAAAAAAAAAAGAUACACAACACUUUAAACAUCAAUCAUGGUGGGACGUUUUGUAUCAGCAACUAAAGAAAAAUCCCUUUGAAUACCUCAUGUGAAAAUUGUUUGUUGUGAUGUUGCACUAAAAAAUAAAAAUGACUCAUUU